CUCAAACGAGUUUUCAGUUCAUCGCCGAUCAUCGGUGUAGGUGAAGAUGCUUCUGAAGGUUGUCGCUGCGCUAGUGGUGCUGUUGAUCGCGGUGGCCGACGGUCAAGUUGUUCUUCCGCCAGCGGUCGAAGGCGGCACCUGUCAGACGGGUUCCGAGCUGGGCCAGUGCGUUCCCUUCCGGGAGUACCCGCGGUACGUGCAGUUGCUUCGGAAUACCCAGCGAUCGGAACAGGAGACGAACUUUCUUCGAUCGAGCGUCUGCGGGCGGAGUCAGUUCGGGAGUGUUCUCGUGUGUAGACCUGUGCGGUUGAACGAUCCGGAAUGCGGUCAGGGAAUACGGGACCGAAUCGUGAAGGGGAAGAUCGCCGAGUUGGAGGACUACCCGUGGAUGGCGCUGUUUCAGUACCGGAAGCCUCGCGGGAACACUGGAUUCCACUGCGGAGGGGUGCUGAUCACGCGGAGGUACGUCCUGUCGGCAGCGCAUUGCUUCGUGGGACUCCGCACGGGGUGGGAGCCAAUCAUGGUCCGGUUGGGCGAGUGGGACUUUGAGUCCGAGAUGGACUGCACCCAGGCGAACGCGGGGGAAGAGUUGCACUGUGCUCCCCCGGUACAGGAUUUCCUGCUGGAGAGGAUCAUCGCGCACGAGGAGUUCAACGUGAAGGAUGCCAACAGAGCGAACGAUGUGGCGCUGGUGCGACUGUCCGGGGAUGCCGUGUUUAGCAACUACGUUAAACCGAUCUGCUUGCCGGAAGUGGGAGCGGUGGACAGUGAGCGACUGUACGACGGGAUUCUGGUGGCUUCCGGGUGGGGCAAGACGGAGAAUGCUUCCGCCAGCCGGUACAAGCUGUACACCGAACUCGCCGUGUCGGAUUACGAAAUCUGUAAGUCGGACUACGUUCGCGAACAGAAGGUUCAACUGGGCGCCGGUCAACUUUGUGCCGGAGGUGAGGAUGGACGCGACACCUGCAACGGGGACUCCGGUGGACCGUUGAUGAAGGAAAUUGCCGAACAGGGACGGUUCUACGUGGCGGGACUGGUCAGUUUUGGGCCGAACAAGUGCGGUGAACAACUCCCAGGAGUUUAUACCAGGGUUGAGCACUACCUGCAGUGGAUUGUAGCCAAGGUGUUGGAGUCAAGUAGAGUGGAAUAAAAGCUAGCUUUAAA